UUGUUUUUUCAUAUAGCAAGUAAUUUGAUUGAUGGUUUGAUAGCCAUUUUGAAGAGCUUUUGUUGGUGUUUUGUGAAUGUUUUUGAGAUAAAUUAGCAGAAUUUCGUAAUCAAGACGAACAUAGAAGUUUAAAUCACCCAAAUAAAGUCUCUUAUUAUCAAGCAACGCGUUUAUGUUGAUAGUGAUAUUUGUUAAAUAAAGACGCAUUGUGACAAAAAAAAACCGGAACAAACUAGCAUUCUACUAUAACCGCUACUUAAUGUUAUUAAAUAUAGUUUUAUUCAGUGAAGUGUGUGUAUCAUUAAUUUAAAGCCUUUUUAAUAAAAUUGGAGGCAUUAUUUACGUCUAGGGCCGACAAAUAUUCAAUACGUAAUUUGUGAUUGUCACAAGAUGGCCGCCAUUGGAUUCUCGCUCCGCCAAAACUCGCUUGUGAGGCCCGAUGUGUCAUCGGUGAGUGAACACCUUGCGCGCAUGUUGUAAUUUGGCGUCUCGUAUCGCGGCCAAGAUUCCGUGCCGCUUCCAGCGAGAUUCCAUUUUAUAAAAUGGAAUUUCGCUCGGGGCGCCAAAAUACGAUGGGUGUUGACAUAACUCAAGUGAGUAUACCGUACCGUUACUCAGACGGCCGUAACAAAUAAAUAUAGACAAAAAUGAGUGAACCAGACGACGUUGGAAAAGAAGUGUGGAAGCGAUGGAUUCUUGAAGCGAUACAUAAGAUACGUUCGCAAAAGCAGAGGCCAAGUGUGGAGCGCAUAUGUCAUGCGAUAAGACAGCACCACAACUAUCAUGAAGAUGUUGUAUCGGAACGGCUGGAGAGAGCUGUGCGGGAUGGGGCUGUGCUUAAGGUAUACAACAAGGGCCAGAGCACUUACAAGGAUCCAUGCGGGGUGCAGAAUAAGAUACUGCGGAUAGCAGCAGACGCGGAUAUAACCCGCAUAGUGGCUAAAGCAGUUCGUGAGUUGGGAGAAAGAGAUGGUUCCAGUUUAAAAACAAUUGAGAAACAUCUAAGGCAAGCAUUCCAAGUGUCUGUGGAAGAGAAUACAGAUGUGCGUGCUAUACUACGGGCUACUGCCAAGCGUGCUGUUGCCAGAGGUUUACUUACUAAUACAUCUGGGAACUAUCAGGUUGCAGAUAGACCUGCUGGUGUUGAUCGCCAGAAACAAAAGAAAAAUUUGGAAACAUCUGAAAAGAAACAAAUUGGUGGUGUCCCAGUUUGUACUGAGUGUUUGGGGACUGAUGCCAAAAACAGACUUGGAUCAGCUGAGGCCUUGAUCUCUUGCACUCAGUGCAAAUCAUACGCACAUCCAACAUGCCUAAAUCUGUUGGAGUGUGUUAAUUUAACUACUAUCAAGAGCGUGCGCUGGUCGUGCGGCGAAUGCGGCCGCUGUGGCGUUUGCGGCGCGCAAGGAGAAUGGGCGGCCCGGUGCCCCUCCUGCCCCGCCCUGGCUCAUCCGCGUUGCGCCCGGCCGCCCCAUGCCUGCGAUGCCUGCGCCAGAUCUGCGAUGAGCGGAACGCCGAAGAAGCGCAAGCCGAAGACGCAGCGACGCGACAGCGACGACUCGCAGUCCGACGGUAAUGCCUCCUCAUGCCUUCCGUCCGAACAGAGAAUGUCUAAGGAAAAACAAAAGUUCUUCCGCUUCUCCGCAUUUAACCUCGUGAAGCGACGCCGCCGGGAACCCUCCAGCGAUUGGGAGAGCUGGGAAGACUCGAAGUGGGGCGGCGUCAGAGUCACCAGGGUCCAAAGGGUCGAAGUACGUCUCGAGAGAAGAUCGCCCACCACCGAGGAGGAUUCCUCGUCUUCCUCUAACGCCGAACCGUCGCCUCCGCCUCUGCCCACCGUCUUCGAACGGCUGGCCACCGAACCGACCGCGGUCUGGGGAUUCGCCGCGGAAGCGCAGAAGCAGAGUCUAUUGGAAAAGAAGGAAGACCCGCCCCCCGAGGACCGAAAGGCCCGGCGGCCGGCGCCGCAACCCGCUCCCGAAAAGACGAAUCCUCCCCACGUCCGACGCAGAAGGCAGAGCAAAUGCAGCGACAGACUACUGACGACUCUAUUCGACGGCCUCUCCGAGUUCUAUUCCGUCCGCACCGGGUCUAGAUCGCAGUCGCGUCACAGAUCACGCGCCGCGAAUGGGCGAGAGGUUCGGCAGAGCGGCGAAGACAAACAGGUGCUGAAAGAGACGCGAAGCACGUUCAAACGCUACCAGGCGUCGCUGAAGAGAGACAGACGUAGCGAAGCGCGCGAGACGGAGGGGGACGGGGUGAAAAUGAGCGCCAGCGCGUUGGUGCGGAGUCUGGCGGCUUCGAAGCGGAGGGCGACGGGGCCGGCGAAGGACGAAGCGGAUAAGUUGUCGCGCGGAGUAGCGCUGGCGUCGCAGCCGGCCACCAAUCAGACGGAAGGCAAACGUUUGCCGCCCGGUGUGACGGAAGCUGAUGCCGAAGUAUUCUCGGCGGCGCGAGCGGCGGGCGGAGGAGACGGCGAAGGGAGUACUGCGGCCCGCUGCCCUUCAGCUAUCGAGUUUGGCCAGUGGGAGAUAGAGACUUGGUACUCCAGCCCCUUCCCACAGGAAUAUGCGAGAUUACCCAAACUGUUCCUGUGUGAAUUUUGCCUUAAAUACGCAAAAAGCCGAGCGGUGCUGAUGCGUCACCUGGACAAGUGCCUGUGGCGCCAUCCUCCCGCAACGGAGAUAUACCGCUGCGGAGACAUUUCCGUCUUCGAAGUGGACGGGAACGCCAACAAGAUUUAUUGCCAGAACCUGUGCCUGCUAGCUAAGCUUUUCCUCGACCAUAAGACUCUCUACUAUGACGUGGAACCCUUUCUUUUCUACGUGCUGACGAAAAACGAUAGCAAAGGAUGCCAUCUUGUCGGAUAUUUUUCUAAAGAGAAGCACUGUCAGCAAAAAUAUAAUGUAUCGUGUAUAAUGACAAUGCCGCAAUAUCAGAGACAGGGCUAUGGGAGGUUUCUGAUACAUUUCAGUUAUCUCUUAUCAAAAGAAGAAGGUCAGCCCGGAACGCCCGAGAAGCCACUGUCGGACCUGGGCAGAGUUUCAUACCAUGCAUAUUGGAAAUCUGUUAUUCUGGAAUAUCUGGAUGGGGUCAGAAAUAAACCGUUCACCUUCGAGGACGUCGCUCUCAGUACAGGGAUGCACAUGAAUGACAUAGCGGUUACGUUUCAACUGCUGGGAUUCGUUAGACACAUACCGAAUGAAGACUCGGUUAAAUUGGGCUUCUGUAUAGACUGGAAUAGGGUGGGAAAUCACAUGAAGAAGUUGAGAGCCAAACCGCGCUUGGAAAUCGACCCGGAGUGUUUGAGGUGGACGCCGCUAUUGGCUCCGACGGUGAAUCCCUUCAGGUCGCCAGAAGAGAAUUCGGGUGAUCAAGACACGGAAAAUGAUGAGGCCGAUGGGAAAACUGAAAGUGAACAGACGGAAACUGAACCCGAGAUGCCCGCUUUUCAAUCGGAAAUAAUAAAUAAUGUAGACAAAGUACCCGAAACUCCAGUAGAAGUUACGUCUUCCGGUAGAAGAAGAACCAGACCACUCAAGUACAGCGAGAGCACUUAUCAAACCACCCCAGCCAUUGGCGAUGGAAACAGAAAGCGUAAACGUGAUGCGAAUAGAAAAAUCUCUGAAAAUGAUGAUGACAAAAAAGAGGAGAGCACUAGGAGGCCACGCAGCAAGAGUGUCACAAGGAGAUCGUCAAGAGUUAUACAAAACGAAGCGAACGAGAGUACUGAGAAUGAUCUCAAAGCUAACAAAAUGCCGGUCUACGCUUCUGAAGACAGCCAGGACAGUCAAGAGAGCUUGGAACGAGCUACCCCAGCGAUAAAAGUGAAGACCAAGCGAAAACUCGCAUGGAGAGGCAGACAGACUAAACGGCAACGACUCAAUAAGGCCAAGAGAAGAACGGACUCGCCUAUUGCUAAGAAAACAAAACUCGAUGAAAAGGAAACUGAAGUUGAUUCCAAAGAGAGUCCUGAACCUGAGCAAGAUGUUACGACCGCGCCCAUCGAAAAGAUGGAUGAAAAUGUCGCGGACAAGGAUAAAAAUUCGGAAGCUAGUUCUGAAGACUCAUCGGGAGAGGCCGACGACGAGAUGGACGUUGAAGAACGAGAUGAUGGGAAAAGUCUCGCCAGCAAACCUGCAUCACCGCAUCCAGUCGAGGAGAACAGUACGGAUAACCACACCAGUGACAUGGAACUUGAUAGCAUACAUAUGGAUUCUCCGAAAUCAAUUGACGAGAAUAAUGAGGUUAUUAAAGAAACAGUAGCAGAGAAAAGCGAAUGUGCCACGCCCGAUAACAUCGACGAGUUGAUCAGGAAUAAAGAGGACGAAGACAAAGCAAAUGAUACGGAACAGCGAAAUGAGGUAACGAGAAAUGGAGAGAUGAAAUCUCCAGAAAAACCGCUCGACGACAAGGACACCAUCAUUAUAUCUGAAUCGGACGAUAACAAUAGUCAAAGCUGCCCAUUACCAUCGCCGAAAGCUAACGAUGUGGUGCCACUGGAUAACAGUGACCCCAAACCUAACGUUAUCAGGGAAAAUGAAAGUCCAUCGAAGGUCAUGCCCGUAGUGACCACGGAAAAUGCUCACAUUGUCUUAGAUGCCAAGGGACCGGAAGAAGCCAAUAGAAGUAAAUCUUUAGAUCUGAUCGUUCCCAAUGUGCAAAAGAGUCACCAAAUUGAAACUAUAGUCGUAGAAGGCGAAUCGGACACUUCACCUCGAACGGGCAUCUCCCCAAAGAAAAAUGACAAAUCCGUCAUCAGCGAGUCACCCAAAUCGAGGAGAUCCCCGGAAAAAUCACAAAACGAACUUAAUGACCAGAAAAGAUUUGAAGUAAGAAAGGAAACCGUCAUUCAACAUCAGACUGUGGAUGACUCGAAACACGCCGAAAAGAAAUCGCCGAAUAAGAUCGAGUCGAUCAUACAGAGUCUCGAUCCUCACAGAGAUAUCGUCAACAGCAUGAAGAGACCGGAACCCAAAACCGAUUCGUUCAUCGAGAUGAGUAAUAAACUUCACAACCCCAUCACUAGUAAAGAGAGUGAGAUAACGUUUCGUACCGACACUCUCAAUUCCAGGAAGGAGGAUGUCGUCGUAUCGAGAAGCAUAAUUGAGGCCAAUAUGCAAAACUACCAAGCCGCAAUGGGAAACUCCAUGACCAUACAACCCAUUAACCCAAUGCAACAUCCCUACAUGAACCACAGGCCUCCGGUCACCAAAGAAUCUCAGGCCGUGCAGACCGAUAAGGUUAUGAUCAAAACUAGUGAACCGAAUAGAGUACCCGGUAUGAGCGAUUCCACUCCGGUCAUCAGCAAGGCUCCCACGAAACUUGAAGUUCCGCACCCGAUAUCUUCGCCGGUCGUGAACCCCGUCAUUCCCAAAGUUCCCAAUGUUUCGGACAUCAAUUUUUUACCCCGCUGUCAAAGCGCAAACGCCGCCAUCAAUUUGGGAUUGGAAAGAACGGACCUCGAGUCUAACUAUACUACUAACCCCUUACAGGGCGCCCUGGGAGGGUCCGUGAACAUCACACAGGCCAGUCCACAGGACAAGGGUGAUCCCAAUCAACGCCCCAGAGAAAAAAGUAAACUACGCGACGUCAGAGUGAACUCGGCUCACAGUAAAUUGGAAAAAACUGACAAAAAGGUUUCCAAGAACGACACGCCCAGAAGCACACCGGAACCGAAGAUGUUUUUUCCAGAGCAAAGUGCGAACCCAAGAAAGCCUGAGACAUCCGUCCCAAUAAACGUGAUAAACACGGCGAGCGUCACGAGUAAGUCGGAGACGAAAGCGGCCGAGCCACCGAAGAAGCAAGACUACUUCAAGAAAGAGAAAUCUAAUUCAACCAAGUGUGAAACGAAGAACGCUUCCGCCAAACACGAAAAAACUUGUGCCUCGCAGCUAAAAAUGGAUCAGAACGACUUGAACAAAAUGCUGCCGAAGUUUAAAUAUGACAAUGAACUGGUGCCGAAGGCCGAUUACGCCAUGAAUCAAAUCCCAAACUACCACCAUACGCCCCAGUACGCACAGUGGCCUCCCUGGGACCCCACGCGGCUGCAGAGCACGUGGGAUCAUAACAGAUUCUUAGACAUGAAGACGAACGACAAACCCUAUCUCGACAAGUACCAGUCCUUCAAUUUGCCGCAUUUAGAUCAGAUGCAAAAGUCGCCGCAAAAGUUCAAUCAAAAAGACUUCCACAACAUCGCGUAUGGCGCGUUAUCCGGGAGCAUCUAUGCGACGCAGCUGCCGCAUUUUAAAGAGACAAAGGCGCCUACGUCUAAAUCUGAAUGUCAAAAGAACGAUUGCAAAUCAUCAAAGCAGUCGAAAACGACGACUGCGUGUCAGACGCAAUGCGAUACCAAAAAGUCGCAAUCGCACAAUGAGCACAUGAAGCAAAUGAUGCAACGCCAGGUGAAUAAGCAGCCGGAAGUGGCGACGAGUUGCGCUGAAUAUCGUCAACAGAGUCCGCAAGUGUUGACCUCACCCGGUUGUAAGACUCCAUUUAAUCAAAACGGACCAUGUCAAGAGAAAACAGAGAUAGACAAGAAUCGAAAGCACAAGAAGGAGGAGUCUCCGAAGGACACGAGCAAGGAGGAGUUGUGCGAAGCAGUGAGUCCGGCUUUGCAGUCUAUGGGCGUUUAUACACCAGACUCUACCAGCAAUUCUGUGCAUUCCGUGCAAUAUCCCACCUGUGAGCUCGAUGUGAGUCAGUUGGGGUUGGAGUCUCCGACCAGCAUUGGUUCCGACCUGGCGUCUCCGUGUUCUAUGAUGCACAUGCAUCCGGCGCCGAGCCCGCAGUACCCGCACUCUAUACAUAUUCCAUCAAUUAUGAGUCAGCCCAAUCAACCUGCAAAACAACAGAAGAUUAAUAACAGAAACAGAAACAGUACAGCGAGUAGCAGCAGCGGUGGUAGCGCUGAGAGCAAGUCGGCGAUGCGAAGUGCGGCCACGCCCCCAGCCCGGCAUCGGGCUACACCGCCAGCCCACCAGCCACAUGGAGUGAUGAGCGGCGGAGGUAGCAGCGGCGCGGGUUAUCAGGGCGGCUACAUCAGCUUUCAGCAGCAACAGCAGCAGUACCACGCCGGCUGGGCCCCUUCCUGCUCGCUCGCCAAGCUGCAACAAAUGGCCGAUGCGCCGCAGCAUCCGCCGCACACGCACACCCAUACCCACACGCACACACCGCCCGCUCAGUAUGUACAACAGGCGGGAACUCCUCCCAGCGGGCACUAUCACGCACCCAAGUAUUACGCGCCCGCGCAUAACCAAUUAGACUCCCCGCGGAAUACUAGAAAUGCUACCAGCAAUCUCAGCCAAAUUCAGCAUGUCCCAAUGGGUCCAGGGUCGCGAAUGUCUCCGAACCUGAACACCCAUCUUUUAAACCAAUACAGUCUUAAUGGCUACCGAGUGCCUCAGCAACAAUUCAAUAACCUCCCUGUUCAGAUGAUGAAUGUCCAACCCAGUGUGCAAUACCCGGCUCCAGACCCGAGAGCUCAGCAGCCGAAUGUCUAUGCAUAUGCGGGAUACAUCAAUCCUCCACCUCCUUUGACGAUGCAAACGUUGAACUCUACUAUGCGUCGGUAGCCUCGACCCAAAUUUAGGAAGUGAUAGUGCAAAGUGAUUGGAUAACUAGGUUUGCUAAUUGAGUACCCAUAUUUCAGUAUUUAUUUGACAAAAACCGUUUUGACUGACUUUAAAUAGGUUUUGCAGUGAGUAGACUUACCUACUGCACAAAAAAGCUUAUGGGUAGCAACUAGUUGAUCCAAGCCCAGUGUAGAGACGAUACUCAUGGUUGGAACUGAGAUUGACCAAAAAGAGUGUAUUUUUAAGUAUAGUACAAAUAACAGUAGUUUACAUGUAAAUAAGAAACUAUUAACACCACUUGAGUUGCCUUGUCAGUGUUGUCUUUGUUACGGCAGCUGUGCGGGUGUAGGGUGUAUACAAUACCAACAUUCACUGGGACUGAUAUUAAUAUAAAAUCUUAUGAUUUUCUAAGAAUUUGUUCAUUUCAGAGUAAUUUGUGAAAAGUUUUAAUAAGCGAUCCUGCAAUAGUUUUGAAUGUCUUGUAAAUAUCUUGUAUGUAUGCACCCGCACUUGCAUCAUAAUAUGAAAUAUGUAUGUAAAUCAUUUCUCCAUGAGGAAACUGACGAAUAUGCUGAGUAAAGUACAAAAUUACUGAAUAAAUGUUUUAAGACUAUUUUGUAUUGUACCAUCGCGGUCGAUGAGUUGUAGCAUAAUAUAUAGUGCAAUAAAGUAUGAUAACAUUGCGAUUUUUAUCCGUUUACAGUUUAGAUAUCGGCGCAUGUACUGUGAUAUCUUCGAUCGGACUCUUUACGGGCGUGCUUAAUUCAUAAUUAAUAUUUUAUAACUCCCAAAGAAGUAAGUAUUAAGCGUAAUUAAAGCCGAGUGCAAUCGAUUUCGUAAAAAUGUACUUUUUUAUGUAAAAAAUUGUUUGAAAUUCUUUUAUGUGUAUAUGCUGUUUUGUUUUUCCAUCGAGAUGUAAUAUACAUACAUUAUGUGUACAGAAUGCGUAGGAAUAAUUUAUCGUCUGAUCUGUUCAUAAAAGUGCCUCUUUCUCGUCCCAAACUAUGCUUAAUUUUGAUGUACAAUAUUGUAAAUGGACCGCUUUACUUAACACAAGGCUGUACAGGAUCAAUGAUUCUCGUGUAAUAAAUGUAAUGGUUAAUUUUAUCCUAGUGAUGUAUUAUUUCUCGUUGACAAGAGUGAUGAAGGGAGCCAUUUCAUUGAAAACAGGCCUAAUGAU